GAAAAAAGUAAAUAAAGCCAAAGUUCUCAACCAAAAUGACAGUUUGAAAAACAAAACAUUCUACAGAAAUGGGGAAAACGGUUCGUAUGUCAAAGGGGUCCUCUAAAAGUCCUUAUGCAGCGAGGAAAAGGUUACGGUCCUCAGCACAGGUAAACAAGCCAGCAUCUGUUAGCGUUAGUCAUCAGUCCGACGAGAUCAUUUACCAAAGAGUACAACAGAGAGACGUAUUGACACAUAUGAGAAGCAGAUCUAGGUAUGUCGUUGGACAGCAUACUUCCACGCAAGUUACAGCUCAGAUGACUCCAGAAAUUAGGAAUGAAGUUAAACAGACUAUCAAUACACUUAUUAACUAUCCAGCUACAUCUACAUCUCUUGAUUCAGUCAAUGAAAGGCAACACUUGAAUACAGAAUCAGCUGCACCAAAAACAUCAACAUAUCAUUAUCUAUGUCAGAAUAUUGUUGGUACAGAGGAGCAUGUUAAAUCAAUCAGAAUGAUGAACACUGUUAGAGACAAUUUACAAAGUGACAAGAAACAUACAAUAAUUACCAGUGGGAGUUUUGGAGAGGGACUUGAGAUGCUAGGUAGUGAUUUAGAUGUUAUGGUUGUUAUUAAAUUUAUUGACGUUCGUGAAGACAUACAUAUUGCUCUGAAUGCUGAUAACAUACACUUUACUUUGGAAACGGAAGAUACACACCCAGGUUUCACUAAGUUACGAUUACUGCAUAGUAAUGACCAGGAUAUCCUUGAAGACUGCGAAGAGAUAGGUAAUGAUUUCUUCUAUUCAAACCUGUUAUUUAAAGAACGAUUCUCGAAAGAGGGUUUGUUGACUUAUCACGGACCAUCUCUUACCGAUGGAUUUAUUGACUUAGUAUACUGCUUACAUAGUAAAUUAUGGAUAACACCAGCAAAACAAUGGAUUACACGAUCAAACAACAAUUCAUGGCCGAGUUGGGAUGUUAAACAGACUAUUGUUAAACACGGGGUUCUAUUCGUACCAGUUGGUGUGAAAGGGUCAACAGAAGAAGAAUUAGAAUGGCGCGAUUCAUUUUCCGUUGGCGAAAAACUACUUAUAUACUCAUUUACACAUACACAAUUACUAUGUUAUUCACUAAUGAAAAUUCUAAAAGACGUUAUAGCUUUAGACGUAGAUUGCAAAGAAUUGCUUUGUUCAUAUUUCAUGAAAACAGUUUUGUUUUGGAUAUGUGAAGAACUACCUUUAUCAAUAUGGAGACCCGAAAACUUGAUAUCUUGUUUUAUGGCGUGUUUCAGUAGGCUUAUUUAUUAUGUUGAAUACUCAGUUUGUCCGCAUUAUUUCAUUCCUGAGAAUAAUUUAUUUGAGAAUAAGAUACACGGACAUGCGCAUAAAACACUUUUAAAUAGGUUGCACAUUCUUUACAGCUCUGGUUGGCAAUGUAUCUUAAAGUCAGAACAAAUGCCGAAUUUCAAUGCAUUAGCAUUUGAUAUUAUCAAUGAGUCAAGUUGCUUACAUGUCAAACGGGUGGAAAAGUUAUUAAUAUCGGUUAUGUUUGGGGCUGACACCUUGCAGAAGACCUUUUGUUUUCUUUUAGAAAAAGUUAUAUACAAGGUAUUGUCCAGUAAGAGUUCAAGAAUAAAAAUCCUAUAUACAUACUAUUUGUCAAAAUUUUGUUGCAAAUGUGACCAAUUACUUCCAUUUAAGGAUAAUUCCGGUAAUAAAUCUCUUUAUGAACAGGACAAUACCUGUAUAAGUACUUUAUUACUGAACACAAAUCAUGAUACUGUAUCUGGAUGGCUGUUGUUAGCUUCGUUUUUCUACAGAAGAAAACAAUACAAUACAGCUCUUAAUAUCGUACAGUAUUCUUUGUUGAAAUGUUCACAAGAAAAACUUCAACAAUUCCUGAAUUUGUCCGAUAUUCAUUAUGACCUAUUUGAUUUACAUUUCUUUAGAGGUAUGGAUCUUGUUCAAUUGUGGAAGUGUUUGCUUUUAGAUUUUGUGUAUUUUUCUAAAACCUCUACGUUAAUACCAGAGGAGUUAAUACAAAUUGGAGAAGAAUGUAUAAUACCACCAGUUGUUUAUGCUCAUUUUCUGCAAUUUCUAUGUCAUUUUCAUCUCAAAAAUUGCAGUCAAUACCGAGAUUCCUUUCGGAAUAUACAGUUGGCUAUAUACAUGGUAAAGAAAAACUAUGUUUCAGUUCCUUGUAUGGUUGAAGGUGAAUGUUAUAAUAUCGUAGGUAUAUGUUUUCUACUUUCUGGAGACAAAGAAUCAGCGAGACAAGCCUAUAUACAAUCAAAAGAAUUAUAUCCAGAUGUAAAGGGAAACAGAGCAUUCCGAAUGUUGUCAAUAAUUAGGUUGAUGUGAUUAUUGUUAUGAAUAUUAUUGUGGGCCUUCGCCUAUUUAUCUUAUGUUUUUCUGUAUACCAGUGUUUUUUAUUAACUGAACAGUUGUUUGUCCAUAUUGAUUUAUGCUUGUUACUCACCUUCGCUCACAUUGGUCUAUGUGUACAUUAAACAAAGGACGCACAUUUUGGCAGGAAUAUGAUUCAUGACAAGAUUCUGUUUAGGUGAUGGUGACGUGUUUGUAGAUCUUACUUUACUGAACAUUCUUGCUGUUAAAAUGUACCUGUAUCUAUCAAGAACUUGGCCCAGUAGUUUCAGAGGAAAAUAUUUUUGUAUAAACUAAUUUACGAAAAUUUACGAAAAAGAAACUUUGAAAGGCAAUAACUCCGGAAGGGGUCAAUUUACAAUUUUGAUCAUGUCGACUUAUUUGUAGAGCUUACUUUUUUUCUUUCUUUUGACAGUUUAUCUCUAUUUAGAAUUCUAAUCAAGAUAAUCUCACAAAAAAUUGCAAAAUUUCAUUAAAUGUACCAAUUCGGGGGCAGUAACCAAACAAGGGUUUGUUUGAUGCGUCUGAAAAUAUCAGGGCAGAUAGAUCUUGACCUGAUGAACAAUUUUACUCCACUCAUAUUUGCUCUAAAUGCUUUAGUUCCAGAGAAAACUGCAUUUUACCCAAUGUUCUAAUUUUAUUCAUGGCGGCCUUAUUGGUUUUAUUUGGUCCAGUAGUUUCAGAGGAGAAGAUUUUUUAAAAGUUAACGGACGACGACAACGGUAGACGGACGCUAAGUGAUGAGAAAAGCUCACUUGGUUCUUUAAAAUGACAGGGUUUUGUUUUUGAUCAGAACACAAGUGUUGUGGACUUGUAUAUUAAACGAUCAGCUUUGAACAUUACAUAACAAAACCCUGUCAUUUUUAAUAGAUUAUGUGUUAAAAAUUGUUACAACAACCAUAUAGUCACAUAUAAAUCUUGUGCUUUCUCAAUUCCUGGGUCACAACAUACUUAUUAUUUCGAACAAUUGCAAGUUUUCUUCAAUGGACCCUGUUGUGUAUGUAACAGUCUUGUAUAUUGUCGUCUGCUCAUCAUGCAAAAUUUAUGGAUUAGUUGUAGAAACUUGUAAAAUAUUAUAGAUAUAGUCGGGUGUUUUUUUGUUGAAAUUUUUCAUAUAAUUGGUGUGCUGUCUCCUUGCCGUCUAAUCUGUAACCAACCAUCUCAUAAUGUCAUGAAUAUCGAUAGUGAAUGCUUACAACAAACAUUUUGCAUGAUAAUGCAAGAAAACAUAUCACUCCUUUUCAUAGUUCAUAAUGUUUUUUUUUUCAUUUUAAUAAUUGGGUACAACUGAUAGACCUUUUAUAGUCGAACUAAUUUAUGCAUAAUAGGGCGUUUGAGAACUUGUAAAGACACACAUUUACUGUUGAAAACUAAAUGUUUUGUUAUAGUGACGCUAGGUUGUUAUAUGAAUAACGUACAUCCUGUAUCUCCUUAAAUUAUUAUUGACUGUCAAGCAAAUAAAUCAAGAUCAAGAAUAACUAACAGCAUGUUAUUAAAAAUACACAAUUCCCUGCGUUUACUUUGUUUUUUUUCUGAUUAAAUUUCUGCCCUUGCAUGGUGUGUGUUUUGAUUGAUGUAAGUCUUUGAUGUAUGCAGUAUUUCUUCUGAUUAUUAGGUCUUUCCACUUUUCUGAGGAAAGACCUAUCGUAUUUAUUCUGAUUAUUAGGUCUUUCCACUUUUCUGAGGAAAGACCUAUUGUAUUUGUUCUGAUUAUUAUGUCUUUCCACUUUUCUGUUGAAAGACCUAUUGUAUUUGUUCUGAUUAUUAUUUUUUUUAUCUUCUUCCGCCACUUUUAUUUCUUGCUUAUAAAUUCUGUUUCGCAAGAUGUCGCUUAGGUGUUUUGUAUAUGAUAUCAAACAGUUUAUGUGCCUUUGAAAUUGACCCUGCUAAACCGAAUACUUUUCUUUGUAGGAGUUAUCUCCCCGAACACUGUUUUCCGUGUGAGUGUAUCUCCUCCGUAACCGUAAAAGAAAGCGACAAAUUUACUUUACCAAAUUGCUCGUUAUAUCCUCAGGAUGGUUUGUCCAAUUUUGAACGAAGCAAUACGAAAACUCCAUAUGAGAGUUAUUUCCCCUUAUGUAUUUGACAUAAUGAAUAUAUAAAUGUAUAGUAUGAAUGGUAAGUGAUAGAGAUCUCUGGUAAUUGAUUUGAGGUCCUUGGUUCAUUUAAACGAAAUUGAGGCCAUGGUCAAAGGUCAAGGUAUUAUUCUAAAUUUUGACUUUUCCUUGUGAUUUGAUCUCCUCUGUCACUUUUAAAGAUAUAUAUACAACAACUAGUGUAAAAUGAUUGCCUAAUUGUGAUUAAGAUAUGAUACAUUUGGUCUGAAAUAUUCCAAUGACGUCUUAUAGGGGUUAUUGUCCCUGAAAUGAUUCAAUUUAAGAUUAAUUGAAUAUUACUCCAACUUGGUGCAUGAUAAAGCCAUAGGGUCUUUUGCAACAUGUUGGUUGACUUAUGACCUUGAAAAAUACCAACCGGAAGUGACCUUGAGGAAACCAGAAGUAGCCAUUUUUGCACUUAUUUCAUUCAAAAGUACCUAGAAACUUUAUAUUUUUUAAAUACACAUAUAUAAACCUAUCAUUUGAGACCGUAAGUGACCUGCAAUAAACCGGAAGUACCUAAUGCCUCCCUUUUUACAGGCAAAAGUAUAUAGAAACCAUAUAUUUUUGGAAUCAGUGUGAAUUUAACUAUCAUUAGACCAGAAGUGACAUUUUUUUAACCAGAAGUUGACAAUUAUCGCCCUUAUUUCAGGCAAAAAUAUAUAUAUAGAAACCAUAAAUUGAUUGAAUCAGUAUGUAGAAACCUAUGCUAGGACGCUAAUAGUUACUUUGAAUCAAUCGGAAGAAGUUGUUCAUCAAUAAUUUAGAAAAGUGAUGUGGAGUGGAAAGACCUGCAAUUGCACUCUGAACAAUUGGUUUUUAUUUUUUUUUUCUUCCGCCAAAUUUCAUUCUUGCGAUUAAUUAUUGUUUCGCAAUAUGUCACUUAGAUUUUUCUUAUAUUGUAUCAUGUUGUUUUCUUCAGUUUCUCUCUCUACACCAUAUCCACGGGUAACACGUCUACACCUUCUUGUGUUCAUAACAAUACUAGCUUCUUCUUACAGACCUGAAAAAAAGGUUUGAGUUAAAACUUUCAAAUAUACUUUUCUCUUUUGAAUUUAGAGACAGUUUAUUGUAAAUAUAAAAUGUUCUUCUGACUUCU